AUGUAUCCGUCUUUUGUCUUACUACAAGAUAUCCAAACUCGGGAGAUCUUUAGUCGUGGUACUAAAAAGAGGGGGCUUUAUUAUGUGGAUGAUGUAGCAACUAGUCGAGUUCUUCGUGCUGGUAACACCGAAACUUCCCAGCAUCGCCGGAUUUGGUUGCUACAUUGCCGAUUUGGUCAUGCCUCCUUUGAAUAUUUACGGCAUUUGUUUCCUGCAUUAUUUAGUGGUGUCAACGAGUCUGCUUUCCAAUGUCACACUUGUAUUUUAGCUAAGAGUCAUCGGGUAUCCUACCCUCCAAGGAUCUUCCCCGGUUUCUACAUCCUUAGGAGUUCGUUGGGUGUACUCCAUGAGACUACUUGCCUUCAAACACCACAACAGAAUGGAGUUGUUGAACUCUAUAUUUUGAAUCGUCUACCUUCACGAGUUUUGGAUUUCCAGACUCCUAUGCAGAAUCAGAGGAGUAAGCUGGACCUAUGUGCUCUCCGCUGUGUCUUUCUGGGUUUCUCUCCUCAUCAGAAAGGCUACCGAUGCUAUCAUCCUGCCACCCGACGUCUAUAUGUCUCUAUGGAUGUUACCUUUAUUGAGGAUAAAAUAUGGAACCAUGGGGUUCCACCUGAUCGUUACUCACCAGAAGGCAAAGCGGGAUAUGCUAUUGCCCAUUUUGUGUCUGAUCACAAGUUAUCUCCUGAGUGCAAAGCGUUUGUGACCAGAAUGGAUGGUAUUAAAAUUUCAACCCGUGUUGAGGAGGCGUUUAAUGAUCCAAAGUGGGCUGAAGCCAUGAAUAUUGAAAUGGAGGUGUUGCAGAAAAAUAAUACAUGGGACAUUGUUGAUCUACCAAAGGGAACGAAGCCUGUAGGAUGCAGAUGGGUGUUUACAGUUAAAUAUAAUGCAAAUGGUAUUGUGGAGAGGUACAAGGCAAGAUUAGUAGCUAAAGGGUUCACUCAUACAUAUGGAGUUGAUUAUCAUGAUACUUUUGCACAUGUGGCUAAGAUGAAUACUGUCAGAGUUUUGUUGUCCUUAGCAGUGAACUUGGAUUGGACCUUAAGGCAAUUUGAUGCACUGUACGGGUUAAAGCAGUCUCCUCGGGCAUGGUUUGGCAAAUUUACUAUAGCUAUGAAGAAGUUUGGUGUGGAAGUCACUCGAUCUAAACAUGGCUUAUUUCUUUCACAAAGGAAGUAUGUCAUGGACCUACUAGCAGAUACUGGAAUGCUUGACUGUAAACCAGUUGAUACACCUAUUGUUGAGAAUCAUAAACUUGGUGUUUAUAUGGAUCAGGUCCCAACUAACAAAGAAAGAUAUCAAAGGUUGGUUGGGAGAUUGAUUUAUUUAUCGUUGACAUGCCCUGAUAUUGCCUAUGCUGUAAGCUUUGCUAGCCAAUUUAUGCAUUCACCUAGUGAGGAUCAUAUGGCUACUGUGAUGCAUAUUCUAAAUUACUUAAAGUCUGCUCCUGGGAGAGAUAGACGUUCUACAUCAGGUUACUUCACCUUUGUUGGUGGUAACCUAGUUACGUGGCGUAGCAAGAAGCAAAACGUUGUAUCUCGGUCCUCUGCAGAGUCUGAGUACAAAGGGAUUGCCCAAGGGGUUUGUGAAAUACUGUGGUUGAGGUGGUUACUUGCUGAAAUUGGUUUUAGACCGAAUGCUGCUACAAAGCUCCAUUGUGAAAAUCAGUCUGCAUUUGAAAUUGCUAACAAUUUGGUGCAACAUGAUCGAACUAAGCAUGUAGAAGUUGAUCGGCAUUUCAUUAAGGAGAAGUUGGAGCAUAAGUUAAUUUAUAUACCUUUUGUGCCUUCUUCAGAGCAGCUUGCAGAUAUGUUGACUCAUGCCAUAUCAAAGCGCCGAUUUGAAGACUCACUUGACAAGUUGGGCAUUACCGACAUCUAUGCACCAACUUGA